UUCAACAACAACAUAAUAACACAUUGUAAACAUAAUUUCCUUCACUUGUUUGACAGUGUGAACGUAAAUUUGAAAAUUAAUUUGAGUCGUCAAAAAAUGAAACAGUGCGGAGUUUGUAAAUUAACCGAAAGCAAAUACAGAUGUCCUGCUUGUCGAAUUUUAUAUUGCUCUGUUGGUUGUUACAAGACACAUAAAGAUUUGUGUUGUAAACAAGAGUUUGAGGAAGUUGUUUCAUGUGUUGAAGUGGAAGCAAAGAGACCUUUAGGUCCAGAUUUAGAACCGGGAGAAUUGUGUGAUGAUGAAUCAAAGUAUGAUGAAGAUAGGAUUAGUGAAGAAAAGUUAGCAUUGUUAGAUAAAUCUCAAGAGGUGAAAGACAUGCUACAGAAUAAGCAUUUACGACAACUUAUCAUGAAUAUAAAUGAGCAAAGUGAUGUUGCAGAUCAGUUAGAUGCGGCAAUGAAACUUCCAGUGUUUGCAGAAUUUGCAAAUGUUUGCUUGAAAUUGGUGGAUGAUAGACUAUGAUUUUUGGAAUGAUUAUUCUCAGCAAGUACUCCUGCUCGGUUCUUACAUGCCCUAUUGUAUUUUCACAUCUAUCAUAUUCCAUUGGUACAUUCAAACCCAAAGGCAAUAAUGUUGAUUGUAUCUUAGUUGGACUCAGAGCUCAAUAAUGUUAAGACAUAUUAUGAAUGACACUAUAAAAUAAUUGACUAUGUAUAUGUACACCAAAUGACUUACAUUCUGUAUUUCAUAACUUGUAACCAUAUGCUUUUUCUUUUGCUUCAAAUAAUUUCAAAGACAAUUUCUUAUAAUAGUAAGCCCCCAUUCUUGAGUAAUUUGGGGGUGAAUAGGGGCAUGGCUCUCUAAUCAUUCCAUAUUUCAUGUGUCAAAAUAAGAUAUAAUGCAUGUGCAAUUUUUCCAUGUUUAGAGGAUUGUGGCUAGUGGUAAUCCACCAAUGACACAAGUUUAAAAAACAGUUGUAAUAUUUAUGUACACAUCUAUUCUUGCAUACUGAA